AUGAAGAUGAGUCAUCACACUUUGAUCAAUUGUUUCAAACGUGCAAUUGAACCAAAUUUUUCAAACAGUCUAAAGAAAUCAUCAACACGAUCAAGUAUAACAACAGAACAACAAAAUGCAAUUGAAAUUUGUGAUGUAAUAACUCGUUCACCAAAAAUGAUUGAUAUUACAUCUAAAAUUGUAAAACAAUUCAAUGGAAAUAAUCAUAAACAAAAUAGUAUUAUAACAAUUAGAUCAGCAAAAGCAGAAGCGUUUAUAUGUAUUGAUGAUUAUAUAAAACAAUUUAUCCAUAAUCAAUACAUGAUUACAGAUAAUAAUUCAGAUAAGAUUAUUCAUGAGAAUAAUGAAAAUAAUAUUGAUGAUAAUAAUCAUACAGAUGAAUUAUAUGAACUUUUAACACCAAAAGGUGAUAUAUUUACAGUGGCACGUUUAGCUGGAAUACAAGCGGCUAAACAAACUUCUAAUAUCAUACCAUUAUGUCAUCAAGUGUCCUUAUCACAUAUUUCAGUCAAUAUUGGUUACAGACUAGGUAAAAUUCAUAUACAAUCACAAGUAAAAGCAGUCGGUCAGUCUACCGGUGUAGAAAUGGAAGCAUUAACAGCUGUUUCUGUUGCUGCAUUAACAGUUUAUGAUAUGCUAAAACCGUUGCAAAAAGGACCAAUCAUUAUUGAAAAAAUUGAACUAUUAGAAAAACUUGGAGGAUCGAAAGGUUCCUACUUAAAAUUGGGUGCGUCAAAGUAA